AUGGGUGAGGCAUCUUAUGUUAUAGGCAUAAAGAUCUAUAGGGAUAGAUCUCAAUGCAUUCUGGGACUAUCGCAUGAAACCUAUAUCAACAAAGUCUUAGAAAGAUUUCGGAUGAAGGAUUGUUCACCGAGUCCAGUUCCUAUCGUGAGAGGUGAUAAAUUCAGUUUGGACCAGUGCCCAAAGAAUGAUUUUGAAAUUGAAUCCAUGAAGAAUAUUCCUUAUGAUUCGGUUGUCGGUUGUCUCGGAUAUGUUCAAGUCUGUACUAGGUCGGACAUCGCCUUUGCUGUUGGAAUGCUGGGACGAUAUCAAAGUGAUCCGGGUUUAGAUUUCUGGAGACCUGCAAAGAAGGUUUUGAGGUACCUCAAAGGUACCAAGGAUUAUAAGCUUGUGUUCAGGAAGAUGAACACUUUGGACAUUGUUGGGUACUCUAACGCGGACUUUGCUGGUUGCGUUGAUUCUCGGAAAUCAACUUCGGGAAACAUUUUCAUUAUGGUUUAUUGUGACAACUCAGCUGCGGUCUUCCUGGCUAAGAACAAUAAGAGUGGGAGUCAAAGCAAGCAUAUCGACACCAAGUACUUAGCCAUCAGGGAACGUGUUAAGGAUGCGAAAGUGGUCAUUGAGCAUAUAAGCACUGAGUUGAUAAUGAUUACUGAUCUCCUGACUAAAGGAAUGCCACCAUUCAAGUUUAGGGAUUUUGUUGAGAAAAUGAGGCUUACGCCCACUUUGUAA